AACACGGACGGUUGUGAUAAGAACAUUUUUUUUCUUGAUAAUGUGAUCAAAAAAAAUAUAAUAAAUAUAACUUCACAGUCAUACACUUUAACAGAUAUAAUAUAAGGAUAUCGUCUAUGCAACAAUGUCGCUCGACUCAAUCCCCAAGGAUAUGAGAUCCGCAAGAGCAUGUCUUGUGUGUUCGUUAAUUAAGUCUUUCGAUCAGUUUGAAAUUGAUGGCUGUGACAAUUGUGAUGAAUUUUUGAGAUUGAAAAACAACCGUGAUCAUGUGUACGAUUGUACAAGUUCAAAUUUUGAUGGAAUGGUUGCACUUAUGAGCCCUGAAGACAGUUGGGUUGCUAGAUGGCAAAAAAUCAAUAGAUUUACAAAAGGCAUUUAUGCCAUUUCUGUUGCUGGUCGAUUACCUCCAAAUUUCGUAAGGGAAAUGAAGGCCAGAGGUAUACCGUAUCGUCCUAGAGAUACAACAUUCAAAUAAGUACUUUUCCUUUAUCUCAUGUUUAUUAUAUAAAUACAAUUUUGUAACUCAUUGUA